GCCUGCGUCAGGUAUGGAAUCUGAGGAAGAAGUCGCAUCUCCUGUAUACGCAGUGUAUUACCCAGGGGAUAUCGCAAAAUCUCCUCGGAAUGUGUUCUUGACACUCAAGGAAGCUGUGAAGUUUGCUAAUUCGCCGGAGGGGAAAUCUAACGGUGCUCGCUUCAAUCGCUUUGGCACUCCCAAACAAGCUAUGGAGUUUUUUGCAUCUGGUGAAUGUCGAAGUCCUCAAUGUUCAACAACCACACCACCUGUGCCAUUCGAACCGGUGAUUCCACACCCUUCCGUUAGUCGACUCCAAAUGAAUGAUUUCAAGAAAGCUAUCGAAAAGGGCACUAUCGAAGCUGUGACUGAAUUGAUUGACACUAACCCUCGGUUUCUGGUGAAUACGAGUGGUGACACAGCUGCUAUAGUCAUGGAAGGAUUUCGCUUCAAUGCUCUGCACAUAGCUGCUCGUCAUGGAAAAGUUGAUGUAGUGGAGAGAAUAUUACAUCUUGUUAAUGAUGCAGCAUUUUUGGCUGAUCUCUACGGUACCACAGAGGACGACGCACGAUUUCGUGCUGAAAACAUCGUUGCGUCUUAUUUGAAUACCCCUGAUAAGGGAAAUUGCGACACUCCCCUUCACAUUGCAGCCAAGUUUGGCCAUGUAGAUGUUGUUAGAGCACUUGUAAAUCAACCGCUGAUGGAUAGACAUUUUCUGAAUAAAGAGGGUCAGACCGCCCUGGAAGUUGCUUGUUCCCGUUACACUGGAAGCGACAAGCGGGAACGUAAGGCUGAAAUGGAGCUGCUGCUGGGCGGCUUUUUCAUUAGCCUCUACCGCUCUGCAGAUAAUAGCACGACCCCCAAGAUUGUACAGUCAGAAAGCUUUCCUGAGCCAACAUUAUGCAAUGAUAACCAUAUCUGCUCGCCAAUCUUGCCUGAUUACAAAUUGGCUGCUUAUGCCGGACCCUUCGGUAGCAAGUCGAAAGCAGAAGAAUUCCUCAAUGCUUGGGUAAAUUCCGAGAAGCAUCUUAAGCUCACUGACACGGAUAAGGGUUACGAGCGCGUCGGACGUGCGUUGAGCACGAAACAUAAAGUCAAAUGGGCGGAGUCAUGGUGUUUUUUGAAUCGACUGAUUGAUCUACGGACGCUUGAAGGAUUAUCGCUUCUUAAUGAUUAUCUAGGAGGAGUGAGGAGGAGAGAAUCGAUGUCCCCAAUGCCCGCUGAUCAACUUCGAAAGAAGCUAGAUUUCGAUGACGAAGAUGAUAGUCCAGAGCUCUCGUCAUGUUUAACUCCAGCCGAAGAUGAACGAAGCGAUGAGGAAGGAGAGAAAUUCGAAGAUGCUAGUGAAACAAUUGACGAGAAUGUCCUGAACGAUUCUCUAGCAAGUCUUGCAGACCGUCUCGGUGCGCUUUCUUUGCGCUCACCCAUUACUCCAGCCAUGAAUAUCGAGGAAAGACUUCCGCCGCAGGAUUUGGAAGAGUUCUUUACACCCCCAGCAACUCCUCCACUAGUCUUCCUUUUGGAAUACCCGACAAAAGUAGACAAUGAUGUUAUGACUGCUUUGGCUGAUGUCCCACAGGAACAGAUAAAUCAGUUUUCUCAUGUUCGAUUGUUCAUGGAGAAGUUGAACCGGUUAACGAAUAAAGUGCGGUCUGAGUGGCCAGCUCUUGAUUCACCGCGUCGUGUCAAGAUCUCGAGAAGAUUUCUGGAUUAACUUUACUCAUGCUCCACUCACAGUAAUAUUACAAUGCCUUUUUCUUUAGUCAUUAUGAACUCACGUUUUCCAUAAUACAGCGCUCUUCUUCUCAUCUACGGUUAAACGCUUACAUUUCUGCAUCUCAUCAGAAUUCAUACUUGGGUUCGGCCGUACGUUACUAGCAGUGGCGGCCACAGGAUUUCGGACCGGGGAGGGGGGGGG